GUGGCGUGUCAGCCCGGAUGAAUUUCGGAGUUGUUUUGGUGCAAUUCAUAUGCAAAUGACUUGACGCGUAAAUACGUUACUGCUGCUAAAUUGUCGUUACAAUUAUAGUUGUUUAUCAAUAAAUAUAGAAGAACUACGUGAUGGUAUAUAUUUCAUAAAGUGUAUAUACAGCUAAUUCUUCUUGAAUAACGGCGAAGGACAGGUGCUCGUAUAUUUACCCACAAUGCAUCAAUGCAUAUGUCAGCUUACAGUAAGAAAACGGUGGAUGUAGGCCUAGGCAGGUCACAUGAAAUGGACGGUUAAUAGAAAUCUUUAAGUAGGUACAAGAUGAAUACCAGCGUUAAAGUCGUAAUGGCUUCAAUGCUGUCCCGAAGACUUCUUACACGUCCUUUUCAUCGUGUUAACAAAAUUCCAAAAUUGUUUUUUGGAGCAUCAUCUGGAGAUGGUUCUUCAGAUCUGCCAACUGAUACUGCAAAUCGACCAGUCAAAAGAAUUUCCUUUAGUGAAAGCUUGAGAAAAGUCAGAGACAGUGCUUCUUCUGUGACAGAUUCUUCAUCUUCUGAUAGCUCAGAUUCUAGUGACUCAUCAGAUGAAGAAUUUUCAACACAAAGUCAAAUGGAACUUGGUGACUUGAGUAAAUCUGGCAGAGGGAGAGUCACAAGUCAAGACCCAUACAUGACUACAGAGUCAGAUCCAAUAAGUCAUACCUUGGAUCAUGAAGGACAAUAUUACACAGUUAGCACAGAAGACCAAAAGUUGUAUUUUCCAAAUUUCAUUAAUCCAAUUAUCAAAGAACAGGCAAAUGCAUUUGGAGAGCUGUCUUUGAUGAUUCGCAAACCUGCAUUAGAAAUAAUAGACAUCUUGAAAAACAGCAGCUACAACUGCCCUCUGCCAAAAUUUAUUAUAUAUGGACAGAGAGGAGCUGGGAAGACUUGCACAUUAAGUCAUGUGAUGCAUUAUUGUGGCAAACAAAAUCACAUGCUUCUUCAUAUACCAUGGGUGAAUGACUGGAUAAAGUACCACACCUCCUCUACUCCUUCCUUGUCUAGAGCGGGCUUCACCAAUAUCCCAGAACAAGCAAAUAGCUGGAUCUCCUACUUUGCUGCUCUCAAUGCUCCAUUGAUAAAAGACUUGAAGGUGACAAAAAAUAUUGAAUGGACGAAGAAAGAAGUUACUGAAGCAGGAAGUCCUCUCAAGUCCUUGAUAGACUUUGGUUUGUUGCGACAGAAAUAUGCUGAUGAUGUGGUGGGCGCAUUGCUGGAUGAAGUGAUAACUCAUGCUUCAAACAACAAGUUUAAAGUUCUUGUAGCUAUUGAUGGCUUAAAUGGAUUCUUCAGACCUACUACGAUCAGAGAGCCAUUAGAAAAGCAGCUAUUUGUCCAUGCUGAAAAGUUGUGCCUGGUGGACAGUUUCAAACGACUUCUCAAUUCUGGCAAUAAAAACAUAAUGGCUGUUUGCACUGUAUCAGAAGAGAUCAGCCCCAGGGAUGAGAGAGAAAAAUAUACACCAUUUUAUUUACUUGGAAAAGAAGCUUUUCAGGAACUAGAACCUUUCAUCCCUAUUCAUGUUGAGAAUUACACAGCAAAGGAAGUGAAUAGCUGUCUAGAUCUGUAUGAACAUAAACAAUGGAUUCAGAACCCUGCAGCAAGAACAGAUGCAGGACACCAGCAGAUCAAAUUCCUGACCAACAAUAAUCCAUUUGCAAUUUCUAAACUAUGUGGAGCAAUCUGAAGUAUAGAACUUUUAGUAUACAACCAAUGGACAAUUUGUUAUUGCUGAAGGAUCCGUUGUUUUCAGAUGAAUACAUGAGUGUAUAUGUUUGUGUGCACAAAAGAAAGGAAGAAAAAUGAUUCAUCUGGAUAUAUAAUUGACUAUCUACAGAAGAGAAAGUGUAUGAGUGUGUUUUAAUGUAAUAAAAUCAGCGAUUAAAAAUCUAC